AGGAGCCGCCGCCGCCGCCGCGGGCCUGUUUUGUGAGGAAGGGCCUAGGCCCCGGCUUUCUGUGGUGGGGCUUGCCGAGCGCCGGGGCUCGCUUUCUGCGGUCUCCUGUGCCCCAGCUUCGCCCACUUCCCGACCCCAGCGGGCUGGGAGCGGGGAAGACCUGCUGGAGCCAUGGAGGACGAGGUGGUGCGCAUUGCCAAGAAGAUGGACAAGAUGGUGCAGAAGAAGAACGCGGUGAGCACGGCGGGCGGCGCGGGCCGGGCAGGAGGCCAGGCGGCUGGAGCAUUGGAUUUGCUGAAGGAGCUUAAGAAUAUUCCCAUGACCCUGGAAUUAUUACAGUCCACAAGAAUCGGAAUGUCAGUUAAUGCUAUUCGCAAGCAGAGUACAGAUGAAGAAGUUACGUCUUUAGCAAAGUCUCUCAUCAAAUCCUGGAAAAAGUUAUUAGAUGGACCAUCAACUGAUAAAGACCCUGAAGAAAAGAAAAAAGAACCUGCAGUUACAUCACAGAAUAGUCCUGAAGCAAGAGAAGAAAGUAGCUCCAGUGGCAACAUAAGCAGCAGAAAGGAUGAAACAAAUGCUCGAGAUACUUAUGUUUCAUCUUUUCCUCGGGCACCAAGCACUUCUGAUUCGGUGCGGUUAAAGUGUAGGGAGAUGCUUGCUGCAGCUCUCCGAACAGGAGAUGACUACAUUGCUAUUGGAGCUGAUGAGGAAGAAUUAGGAUCUCAAAUUGAGGAAGCUAUAUAUCAAGAAAUAAGGAAUACAGACAUGAAAUACAAAAAUAGAGUACGAAGUAGAAUAUCAAAUCUUAAAGAUGCGAAGAAUCCAAAUUUAAGGAAAAAUGUACUGUGUGGCAAUAUUCCUCCUGACUUAUUUGCUAGAAUGACAGCGGAGGAAAUGGCUAGUGAUGAGCUCAAAGAGAUGAGGAAAAACUUGACCAAAGAAGCCAUCAGAGAGCAUCAGAUGGCCAAGACGGGUGGAACGCAGACUGACUUGUUCACAUGUGGCAAAUGUAAAAAGAAGAAUUGCACUUACACACAGGUACAAACCCGUAGUGCUGAUGAACCAAUGACAACAUUUGUUGUCUGUAAUGAAUGUGGAAAUCGAUGGAAGUUCUGUUGAGUUGGAAGAAUUGGCAAAAUGUCUGGACCAUUAACAAAAUGGAUUUUGUAAUUAGCUUUAUAACUAGGCCAAGCAACUAGUUUUCCUGCAAAUCAGAUUUUUAAAGCAACAUACAUCCCUUGGAUUAGUCUUUGUUUUUGACCUUCAAUUUUUCCCUUAAACGCCUUCUAUAGUUUCAGAUCAAUAGGGAGAACAUAUAAUAAUUGUAUAAUAGUUUCAGGACUUUUUUUUUCAUUUUUAUAAGUAAGUUGGUACUAAAUUUUUAUCUAUUAAACUUUGGGCAAUUUUUUUUUUCUUCUUUAAGGAAAAUGUUCCUUAACUUUUUAUAGUCUGAAACAUACACAGUAGAAAUUCUGUUAUUUCUGUUAAUACAUAAAUGGAAAUUACAUCUUUUUCCAUAUUGGCAUGUACCUACAGAUAUUAAAGGAGGAGAAAAGGUAAUUUAAUUUUAGGUUUACCAAAUAUGGUGUGUAUUCAAAAAAUACUUGACCAGCUUGUCUAAAUUGUACAUAAUAUUUGAACUAGUAUAUGAAUUUGAUUUUAUUAUGUUCAGAAGCCUGAGAUAAUUAGAUAUCAUUUUACAUCUGUAACUAACAGUAAUCAUUAUUUUUCGUAAUUUCUUAUACGUGUGUUUUACUUGUUCUUAAUAGAUUUUACUUUUGGAAACAUGACUUUGUUGAAAUCAGUUUGGUUUUGUUGUUUAUUUACCCAUUUGACUUUGUAGUGUAUUUUAGUCUUGCAGAAGACUGUUGUAGUUUUAGUAGGCUUUUCAUAAAUCCCCGCACAGGCAAAGAAUGAAAGCUUCUCAUGAAUUUUUUCCCUCAUAGAAAGAAAUACUGGGAAGAAAAUGCUAGUGUCUUAGAUAGAGUAGUUAUUGUAAACAAUUCAUGACUUGAUUUUGAUUUGGAAAUCUGUACUGACCAAGGAUUAAGCUUAAGGAUUGUAUAAAUCAUUAAAGCUGUGGUCUUUCCAUAUGGAGAUUGAUAGAAAAUAUUUUUGUCUUGAGUCUUAUUUGCUGUUGAAUGAAGUUGUUGAACAAACUGAAUAUAUGAGGUAUAGUAAGUGGGUCUUACUAUUGAAACAUGCUAGCCAGUUAUACAGUAACUGGAAGGAAAUGUUAUCAAAUUAUAGAUCUUACAAUUAACUUUCAUUUUUUGUUUAAGUGUGUACAAUUUGUUCUGUUAGGAAUUUAAAAAAUGGUUUUCACAUAGGGUACAACUUGCUCUAGCACAUCUUAAAGGCUGCUAGUGCAAAGUCUAAAUUUUAUUGUGCUGCUCUGCAUUCUGUCAGACAACUGUAGAAUGACCUCAGUACAUGUUUUGCAUUUGCCUUUGCUCCCCUUUUUCCUAUUUCUUAUUGCACAUCAUUUUGAUGUGAUACAGAAAACAACAUUUAAAUGUUCAUGUUGAGAAUUGGCCCACCGGUCCCAACCCACCUCUACUUUGUCAGUUCACAGUUGAAAUUUUUGUUUUAUCAUUUCAAAAAUAAAGUACAUUUUUGAACGAAUGAGUUUAAGCAUAACAAAAUUAAAGUAAUGUCACUUUUAAAUUAAGUGAUCCAUUUUAAAAUUUGUAAUUCAAUAAAGUUUUUUGUUGUUGUUAAA